CAGAAACAAGUGUGUCUGACACUUUAGCUGAUUGAAACCUUUGUUUCCUGGGAGACUGGCUGCAUUGACUCUCACAGGCUGAAUAUGGUGGAGACUUCUGACAUUGUAGCCCUGGACUGUGAGAUGGUGGGCAUGGGACCAUUCGGAACUGAAAAUGGAUUGGCCCGUUGCAGCAUUGUAGAUUACUAUGGCAAAGUGGUCUAUGAUCAAUUCAUCCGACCAGAGGGUGUUAUAACAGCUUUCAGGACCUCUGUGAGUGGAGUUCGUCCAGUGGACAUGGAAGGAGCCACACCAUUCAGGGUUGCCCGGGAACAGAUUUUACAGAUCCUGAGAGACAAGCUGGUGGUUGGCCACGAUUUACGUCAUGACUUUGAAGCACUGAAAGAAAACAUGUGGCGCUACCGAGUCUAUGACACGUGCAAUGACUGGCUGCUGAGAAAGGAAAGCGGGCUGGGAAACUCCAGACGGGUCUCCCUCAAGGUCCUUUGUGAAAAGCUGCUCAAGAAAAGCAUCCAGACUGGCAGAGAGGGCCACUCCUCUGUGGAAGACGCCAGGUCGGCCAUGGAGCUCUUCAAGUUUGCCAGGUCAAAAGGGCAUGGAUCUAUUUAAGGGACUUCUUGCUUCUCUCUGUCUCAUUGGUUCACAUGUGCAGCUGCGCUGAAGAUUAUGGGAUGGGCUCCUAGUAACGUGUCCAGUGAUGAUCUUGUUAUGGGCCGAGCAAAUGUCCCACAUGGGUAGGGUGACCAUAUUUCCCAAAGGGAAAACAGGACACCAUGCGGGGCUUCCCCGAGCGCCUCCCUCCCCUAUGGGGCUGGCCCUAGGUGAUCGCCUGAACCCCUGUGCCUGCUGGGGUUGCUGCUCAUUUGAGCUCUGUUUGCCUGCCAUGCGAGGCUGUCACUGCUCACUUGAGCCCCGCCUGCUCCCCUCCCGAACUGAUCAAGUUGGCAAGAGCAAAUGGGAGAAAUGCUCACUUUAACCAAAAAGUCAGGAUGGCUUAAAAAAGAUUGUCCUGGCCAGUACAGAACAUAUGGUCACCCUACACAUGGGGUCACUUUAAAAUAGGCUGGGUGGCAC